CAGGGACUUGGGCACGACGCAGGAUGCUGUGAGGGUGCUUGCAAAGGGCAGCAGAUGCCAGGGGGCUCAGCCGGGAUCCUGUUGCAUUGAGCUCACCCUUCCUAGGAAAGCAAGUUAUUUUUUGAUCCACUCCUGAACGCUGAAGUCCUGCAGGGUAGGGAGGGAAAGCAGCGUGGUUCCCCACAGACUGGCAAAGGGAUGGAUGGAAAUGCCAGCGUCACGGGCACAGAGGGCCAGCACAGGAGCCCCCACUGGAAGGCGGAAAAUAAGCAUGAGGAGAAGGUCCAGGAUCCUGACAGAGGGGAGGACGAGACCAAGGCAGAGAUGGGAAGCAAAACCUGGGCAGACCUGGCUGGGGAGAUGAAGAUGUUCCUGUGGAACCCAGAGGAGAGGACAUGCCUGGGGAGAACAGCCAAGAGCUGGGGCUUAAUCUUACUGUUUUACUUCAUUUUCUACAUGUGCCUGGCGGGAAUGUUUGCCUUUUGCAUGUACGUGAUGCUGCUCACGCUGAGCCCCUACACGCCCACGUACCGGGACCGUGUGUCUCCGCCAGGAGUAAUGAUCAGACCGUACUUGAAUGGGUUCACCAUCACCUUCAAUGUCUCUCAGCCCAGCACGUGGCAACCCUACGUGGACAGCAUGCACCACUUCCUAGCAGCUUAUGAUGACAAAGUUCAAGAGGAGAAGAAUAUCGAGUGUGUCUCAGGACAGUACUUCAUCCAAGGGGGCAAUGAAAGCGAGGAGAAGAAGGCCUGCCAGUUCAAGCGCUCACUGCUGCAGAACUGCUCUGGCAUUGAGGACCCAACGUUUGGCUACUCUAAAGGCCAGCCCUGCAUCUUGCUGAAGAUGAACCGGAUCAUAGGCUAUCGCCCUGGUGCUGGGGUCCCUGUGAGCGUGGACUGCAAAGUGCAGAAAGGCAAUGAGAGCGAUCUCAGAUCAGUGGACUUCUACCCUGGAAACGGGACGUUUGAUCUCAUGUAUUAUCCCUACUAUGGCAAGAUCACUCAUGUCAACUAUACGUCCCCACUGGUGGCUAUGCACUUUACAGAUGUGAAGAAGAAUUAUUUGGUCCCCAUUCAGUGUAGUCUGAAUGGGAAAGGUAUUAUCAACGACGUUAACAGUGACCGCUUCCUGGGCCGAAUCAUCUUCACACUCAGCAUUGGAAAGUAGCCACCACAAACACCGGGAACUUAGGCUAAGUCAAUCAGAGGCUUCUUUUUUAAAGCAUAAAGCCAGUGUUUUUUUCUGCUAGGAAAAACAGUCACAUGGAGAUUUUUGUUAAUUUAUUUUUGUUCAUAGUUAGGAAACAAAUGAGAUGCAAUGGAGCAUGGAACCACAUUUUUCAUCAUCUGAUGUAAAUCAUUAUUAGCAAAAAUUAAAAGUUAUCUCCUGGGCAGAGAACCUGCAAAA